UGGAAUGAUCCACCGGAUGAACAUGUAAUUGAACAAUGGCAGCCGAAUUUCGAUGGCUUCUACUUAUGUUAUUUGUGCAUAGUCAACACCUGAUUAAUGCACAACCAGGUACUCAAGAGACGCUCACCAUUGUUACAAAUUAUACAAUCUACAAACCUAUUCACCAAAUAGAUCUAACUGGUAAGCUUGGACUUGUAUUCCAAGUCCAGGCAUGUGAAUCGGCACAUGUCGUAUUGUCAGCCAUUUUUGGAGAUACCAACUCUCGAAUGUACGAGAUCUUGAUAUCAGGAUGGUCAAACACAAAGUCUGUGAUUCGAGAUUGUAGAGGAAGAUGUGAUAGAGCUGGAUCACUGACUGAAGGUCUUCUGAAAUGCAAUGAAUCUGUGUCUCUGUGGAUCGGAUGGACAGAUGGAAACAUUGCUCUUGGAAAAGGUCGUGAAUUAGGGAUCGAUCCGCUGGUAGAAUGGCAAGAUAGCAGUCCUGAAUACAUCACUUCGUUUGCUGUUGGUACUACAAAUGGUGUCAAUGGAACUUGGAAAUUCACACCCGAUGACAACUGCAGUUUGCCAUUGACCAGGAGUAUAUUGAGCAAUGGACAGGUCGCUUAUUCAUCUUCCUCGAGUGGUCUUCCAAGAUUUAACCAGAAUAAUGGAUGGUAUAGCCAUGGUUCGAGUACACCCUGGCUACAACUUGAUCUGCUACAACCACAUAAAUUAACAAAGAUGGCGCUACAGGGGUAUGCUCCGGGGCAUUCCUAUUGGGUGAAAACAUUCCAAAUUCUUUACAGUGUAGAUGGAACCAAUUGGUUGUACUACAAUAAAAGGGAAACUCAACAGGGGAACAGCAAUGGGCACGAUGUUGCCAUUGUGGAUUUUACCGAUAAUAUAGAAGCACGGUAUGUUCGCAUACUUCCCAUAACGUGGAAUAGUCGCCCUGGAAUACGAAUGGAACUUUAUGGCUGUCAAAAAGCAGAAUCCGAAAGAGAAUACACGCCUAUCGACGACGAUAUUUUGGAUGAGGAAGUCCUAUUCUUACAUCUCAGUCCGUAUAUUGUGUCAAGACUAGUUGCCAUUAGACCAGGAGGAACUCUUACAAUUCAACCAGGCGUCAAAGUAAUAUUUACAACAGCUGAAGCUGGUUUUGAUGUGCAUGGUAAUCUUUUAGCUCAAGGGAUCGACAAUCUUCCUGUUGAGUUCACGGCUGAUGAUGCCGUGUCUGAAAUUUCAUCGCAUUGGACUGGACUAAUAUUUGUCUCUGGUGGUGAUGUGAAACAUAGAGUAUGUGGUAACAGUAGGAAUAUGGAUCUUGCACAUGUCACUGUCUCGCCUUUUUACACUGACCGCAAUCUGACUGAACUGAAUGAAGAUGAAGGAGUCGAUUUCUACUUUACUGAUUCAACGGGUGCUAUCGGCGGUGUGCUCUUGAACAACAAAACGAUUCCAUAUGUUUUCAAACAUACCUACCACGUUCGGCGCAACAUCUUUAUACGCCGAAAUGCAACUCUCACUGUAGAAUCUGGGGUUAAACUGGCUUUUGGCAAGGGAAUCGGAAUUUAUCUAAUUGGUGAACUGCUCAUCGGAGAGUCUGACAAUGGUGACAUAUCAAUGAGAAGAAUGAAUCCCACGGGCAAAUGGGGAGGAAUUCGCAUCGGAUCACCGUCACCUCUUGGUCUCUUUCUCAAUAAUGUUCAGCUUGAUGGUUCAACAUAUGGUAUUCACGGCCAAGGCAGGAACAUUAGUCUUAAAGGUGUAACAAUCAUAAACACAGAUUAUGCCAUACAUGUCUCUGAUACCAUAACCAAAUACCUUAACAUUGAUGUUACUAACAGUAGGAUCGACACAUCGUCAAACACUGGAAUUUACAUUGUAACGUCGAGUAAUUCUAUCAUGAGAGAGUUCAACUUAACAAUGAAGGCCGUGGCUAUUCGUAACACACAUGGUAGUGGAGCUGUGUAUAUCGAAGGGGGUAGUAGCAAAGCAUAUUCUGGAUUCACAAAUGUAACAAUUCAACAUAUAGGCAGUCAUGGUGUCUACAUUCACUACAAUGGUCACAUAGAUGUCAAGCUUCGUCGUUGUGAAAUUUCGGAAUAUUCAUCCUAUGCUAUUUAUGCCUACAUAAAACAUGGUUUAUUUGAGCUCGGAGACUGUAUGAUGAAGAGAACAAUCAACCGACAUGGCUAUGGUGUACAUUACUACACCCCUUGGAGCAAUGACGGAUCUAGAACUAUUUCAAUAUAUAAUAAUACAUUUAUGGAACAAAAUUCAUACAACAAUCAUGGAAUGGUUACUAUUAAUACACAGUCUUCAAGAUCUGGUUAUGAAGAGUCUUCCAACAUAUCGAUUGUGAACAACACAUUUCGAUCAACAGGUUCGAGGGGCACAUCUGCUAUGGAUCUAUCAAAUAUUAACUAUUUCUCUUCAAUCUUGAUAGAGGGGAACGAUAUUCAUAGAAUGCGUCGUGUAGCGUUUGCUAUCGGAUUAAAAGCCGGAAUUGGAACCGUUGACUUCAUUGGCAACGUAAUCUCCGAGAGUCAUGGAGCUUUAUCCCUGACAUGUGACCUCACAAGUGGCACAAGAAUUAUGAAUAAUCGAUUCCUCUACAACUUUGGAAGCGACAAUGUCAUCAUCAAUCCAAGCAUAAGAAACAAUUGUACCAUCAGCUACAAUAUCUUCUUAAAUAACAGCAACAACGCCUUUACCCUCCAAAGAGUCCAGUCGGGUACAUCGUUGAACUACAACUUGUUUGAUAACAUUAAAGGAGAACCUAAUUAUAAUGUUAAGGUAAGCUCUUCAAAAGGCGACCCUGAUAUAAAUGCAAAGCUGAACUGGUGGGGCAGUAAAGAGCAGUCCCAAAUAUUGGCCAGUAUAUAUGACAACAAAAGAGACCCAACCGUUGGUGUAUUAGACAUUUUUCCGUUUCUACUUUCACACAAUUUCUCAGACGUGUCAAUUGAAGAAGAUUUUUUUCGACAAGAUGGUAGUAUUGGAGGAGAAAUUACGGGGAACGUAACUCUUAGAUGUGAUGACAGUCCAUAUGAUGUCGUGUCAGACAUUGUGGUUAUGGAGGGUGCUUCUUUGCUUAUUGAACCAUGUGUUGUGCUUAAAUUUGCCGAGAACAUUGGUAUUCGAGUAGAAGGUGAAAUCCACAUGAAUGGAACUGCAGAAAAAGAAAUCCAAUGCAUACCCCGUACAUCUGUCGUCAAGUGGGCUGGAAUGAGUAUCACGACCGAGCGUACUGCCAACGAAAAAGGAGGUAUCCGAUUGGUAGGUGAUACUGCAUCGGGAAGACUUGAGGUAUUUUAUAAUGGUCAAUGGGGCUCAGUUUGUAACGAUCAAUUCGAUACUCACGAUGCUAAGGUUGCCUGUAGGCAUCUGGGAAUGAGGUCUGAGGGAGCAACUUACAGAACAGUUGGUGGUGGUACAGGCCCUAUAUGGUUAGAUAACAUAGCAUGUGGUGGAAGUGAGACAACCCUAUUCGAAUGUAGACACAAUGGUUUUGGAAGUCAUAACUGCGGCCAUGGUGAAGAUGUUGGUAUCACUUGCGUCGGUUUAUUAAGCACAGCGAGUAGAAACCAAGUGUCUACAUUGAAACAUGUGCGCCUGCUUAAUACAACCUUUGGACUUCACAUCACAGGAAUCAUGCCUUCUGUUUUUCAACAUGUAGAAUCAUCCAGAUCAAGUCAGAAUGGAAUCACCUUUGAUAAGAACAGAUUCAUUCAAAAUACGGGGGGAAGGAUGAUACAUUAUUAUGGCCACACGGGAUAUAGCAGUCAACCUGUUGUAAUUUUGAGCAAUAACACAUUGUAUGAAAACACAGGAGUCGCAUUGUACAUGGAAUACAUAAGUAACAAUGCUAGAGUUUUAUUUCAUGACAACCACUUUGAAGGGAACAAUGCAAACCCUGCAGCAUCAGGAAAUAAUGCCUACAUGUUUUAUGGAACAUUACAAGACAGAGGAUCAUUUGACUUUGAGUUGGAGAGAAAUGUUGUCAUAAACAACACAGCACCAAGUCUUCUAAGAAUUGCACCAUAUUAUAGUUGGUACAAUGUCGCCAAAAGUAUGAAAAUUAGGCUUGACUACAAUGUGUUCGAAAAUAACCAUGUUGCAACAUCCAUCGAUCUAAGUCAAAAGAUUUACAGAGUAGAAGGUCACAACAAUAUAAUCAACAACCCAAUGGCAAGUUAUGAAAUUAGGUCAUCCGCGAGGAAACCAUUAACUGGAUAUCAUUUUGAACGAAAUUACUGGGGUCUUAGAAACUUAAGUGAAAUAGAAACAUCUUUGAACAGUCACCACGACAACAUCAAUCUAAACCGAAUAUUUAUUCAUCCAUUUGCAACCAACCGUGAAUUAACCGAAUUCAGUGAAGAUAAUGAUGUUGAGUUUUUUGAGACAUCAUUGUUUGGAGGGGAUGUAGUUCAAAACGUUGUUGUGGAAUACAGAAGUGAGCCAUACUAUGUAAAACGAUCCAUAUAUAUAAGAGAGGGGGCUUCACUGACUUUGAGGGCAGGAGUACAUUUAAAGUUUCCAGGAGCACAAGGGAUUAUCGUUGAAGGGCGCCUUGUCAUUGAAGGAAGUGCCGAUAGAAAAGUAAGUCUUUCAAGGAAAGAUGCCAGCACUCAAUGGGAAGGUAUAAUAUUUCAGCGAACAACGGCAGAAGCUUGUAAAAACGGGACAAGGUUUAUAAUGAUUAAACAUUUCGCAAUCGAUGGCAACAAAAGAGAGGUGAACAACAAUUGGGAUAGAUGGUAUUGUAUACAUCGCUGUAGAACAGCAACCUUUGGAUGCAAGUCAAUUGAAUACAGAGAGUCAGAUGGACGAUGUCAGCUCAGUGACAAAUCAAGAGUGGACAUCAAUCCCAGCUUGUGGAACAACUAUACCGAGGCGUAUGAUUUCUAUGAGCUAGAAGAUUGUAACGAAUCGGACUCAUCUGUUGUUAAUCAUGUUAACAUAACUGGAUCGAAAUAUGGCAUGCUGAUAUAUGAUCUCCCCAUUCAAACUGAUAACGUUCAUAUUGAAGAAGCGGAAACUGGGCUUUACUUUGCAGAAAAUAGUUUUGGAAAUAGUAUGACAUUUCGGGAUAGUAGGAUCAGUCAAACAAGUGGAAAUGGUAUACUUAUAAAGUCACUUGCUUUGCGAUAUCUUGAUAUCACUGGGAGUGUUGUUGACAGGGCGGGGCAGAGAGGUAUACAUAUGGAGAAGAAUGGUCUGAGACUUAUUGUAAACAAUGGAACGAUAACUCGUUCUACUAAUUAUGGAAUCCAAGCAGCGUAUGCUACGUUUGUGUUACUAGAUGGUGUGACCUUCGACUCCAAUUAUCAUCAUGGUGCAUACUUCCAAUAUCCGUUAAAUAUAUCCUUCACCAACUGUGUAUUCAUGAAAACAGAUCGAGAAAAUAGAUAUGCAGUAUAUAUUGAAAGUAUGGGUCACAACUAUGGCGCUUCUCAAUCUCAGAUUACCAUGACAAUUAAAAACUCUGUGUUUGAGCAAAAUUCACGACAUGCUAUAAAAGUAACCACCGCAACGCAUUAUCACAAUGUAAAUCUGUUCAUAAACAUCCAUAAUAAUUUAUUUCGUAACAACAGUGAUACUCUAAUGGACCUUGAUUUACAUAAAGGAACUGAUGUUUUGAUUGAAGAUAACACAAUAGAAUAUAAUAGCGGGUCGUCAAAUCUAAUAGAUUUACAUCCAAUAUAUUAUCGUUAUGAUAACAGACGGGUCAAAAGUGAAGUUCACAUUGUCGGAAAUGAAUUCUUGAGAAACGAAGGCCUGACGAUGGUUUACCUACACCCAGAUAACAUAGCGAAUAAUAGAGGAACGUUAACUGAUAACGCAUUCACUGACAACGUUGCAUCGCAAGGCAUCAUAAGGACAACGUCGGGGAAUUAUUCGAUGCAUUACAAUAUACUAGAAAACCCUUCAAGCGUUUAUGAGCUUUAUGUCGCAUAUGAUGGUGAUAACAUCAUAAACGCUACGCACAACUGGUGGGGAAGCGCUGUAGAAGCAUAUGCAGAUGAACGCAUAUUUGAUAAAGCAGAUGCAUUUAAUGCUGCAGAGGUAGUUUACAUUCCAAUGUUAUCAGGAAAAGUAUUUACAUGCUUUGCUGUGAACAACUGUUCUAACCAUGGCGAAUGUGUUAGACCUGAUAGAUGUCGCUGUGUUGAUGGCUGGCAGGGGCCAACAUGUAAUCAAGUCUCAUGUAAGCAGGUCUCUGACUGCUAUGGUAAUGGCAACUGUGUUGGACCAAAUGUUUGCGAAUGCACCGGGGGUUGGACUGGAGAGACCUGUGCAGAUGCAACAUGUUACAAUGUGAACAAUUGUUCACAAAGAGGAUACUGUUUGCAACCAGACACAUGUUCAUGUUUUUCUUCCUAUGCGGGGAAUGACUGCUCACAAUGCCAAGAGUUGUAUUGGGGUCAGGAUUGCGAGCCAUGCCCGCCAUGUGUCAAUGGAUACUGUGACGAGAUGUCAGUUCUCCUUGUUGCCCCGUCAACAGGACCUGACAUAGGUGGCACUGUGGUCAACGUAAUCGGGCACAAUUUUGAGAACAGUAGUGAUGGAUUGUAUAGAUGUCGUUUCGGUGAUAUCGAUGUGAUUGGUCAGUGGCUGUCACGUGAACAAGUGCGUUGUAUUAGUCCAAAGCAAGUUGGCGAAGUCCCUGUAAAUGUAGGAAAACCAGGAGACGAAAUGACAAACCAAAGAGUUACAUUCAAGUACCACCCCACAUGUCCAAGCAGUGCUUGUGGACGUAAUGAAACACCACCUCAUGGAAUAUGUUUGUUUGGACAAUGUUCAUGUAUUCUACCCUGGGAAGGAGAGUCGUGUCAAGAUAUAGUAAUUGCGCCAUUUUUUAAAGAGGUUAAUCUCACCUCUGCCCGGGAAGGGAAGAGAUAUGAAGCUCAAAUGAAUAUAAAACAGGGAACUAGACCAAUAACAUGGCAGCUGCUGAAUGGGCCUUCAGGAAUGUCUCUUGAUCCAAGAUCCGGUUUAUUGAUUUGGCUUAGGACUGUGGCACAGAAGGAACCUUAUGACGUUCGCAUGCGCGUAGAAAAUGUUAUUGGUUCGGAUAUCUACACCUUUAAGCUGAGCGUCCCAUUAAGCUACAAUGCCACAGUGACGUCAUUGUCUGUCAGUGGUAUCUUAUCACAACCAUCGGAAGUCUACAUUUAUGGAAACGUUGACCUUUUUGAGGAGGAAUGGGAAAAUAAAAGAGGGACAGUGCUGGUGCACAUUUGUGUAAAGAACAAAGGAAGAAUUCGUAAAAUACCAGCACUUACCGAUCUAGUAGAUAGAGGGCGCUAUGCAGCAGUAUACUACCCGAACCCUGCAGACAGUGGCUUAUUCGAAGUUGGUGCUCAACACCCGUCUGAAGACAGGUGUACUAAUCAAGCCCAAUGGACAGUGCUGGGGAUGCAAGUGCAGCCUGCAAGUGCCUAUCACAGAAGAUUUUUAGAUGAUAGCAAUUUGACAAAAGUUGCUCAGCUAGUUAAUACUGGAUCUCUGCCACUAUACAACAUAUCGGUUCAGUUGAGAGGAUUUGGACCACCACUUACAAGACUUAUUGUAAAACCCAGUAAUAGAACCGCUACCAGCGAUAAACUGUUUUUGUCUGACCUAGAUGGAGGUCAAAGUAUGCCAUUUGAUAUUGAAUUAGAUGCCAAUGGGUCUGUACGAGGGAGGAUUGGCAUUAUAUUUAGUUCCCAGUCUGGGACAGUUGCUAUAUACUGGUUAAAUCUAAGGCUCGAUGUUCGGACACCUUUGCUUAGAGCGAACCCAAAUUUCCUCUCUACAAGUGUGAAUAGAGGGGAGCAAAAGAUUUUUGAGAUUGAUAUUAGUAACGAAGGAAUAAUUUCCGCUCUUGAUGUAAGAGUUCAACUAAGUGGUGACCCUUUGAUAUCUCUCAUCUCGUUUUCACCUGAAUCAGAUAAUUAUACCGUCAGCUCGGAUGGUGCUUUCACCAUCCCUGCCUCAACAAAAGCAACACUGUCUUUAUCGAUAACAGUACCUCCAACGGAACCGAUUGGAGACCGGCGUGGUUCAAUGAUAGUUCGUUCAAAACUAACUGAGGUUGUAAUUGGAUAUAAAAUUCUUAUCACGUCAAGUAAUGAAGUUGAUUUGAGAAUACGAGUAGAAGAUGAAUAUACAUAUUACACUGAUGGUGACCCGUUGGUCGUGGGUGCUAAAGUGAGGCUAAGGAAUCCGCAAAAGGGAAACGUUAUUGAAACCUACACGACCUCAAACAGCACAGAACUGCUGUUUGACGAUAUUGAAGAGGCAUACUACAAUUUAGAAGUGAGUGCAGACAGGCAUACGUCAUACAGUGCUGUCAUUCUGGCAUCUCCAGCUUACCCGAACAUUACAGUCUUCCUACAGAGAACGGCAGUGAAGUAUAGCUGGACUGUUACACCUGUUACAUAUCAGGACAAAUACAUAGUCACCUUAGAUUCAACAUUUGAAACCGAGGUGCCAAUGCCAGUUGUUACAAUAGAGCCACGACAAGUCGACCUAACUGCCUUGGAAGAGGGAGAAAAGAAUGAAAUUGUAUUCACUAUUACGAACCAUGGAUUGAUAAGAGCACAAAACCUUAGAUUUGCACUUCCAAACAAUCAUCCAACACUUGAAUUCAUACAGACUGUUCCAACUAUUGGUGACAUUGAAGCCAACACAACACUUAUAGUUCCAGUAGAGGUUCGUGAGAAACCUAGGCAAAAACGAAACUUCCUUUUGUGCCUAGCCUUUGGAAUAAAAUUACUUUGGGACUACCUUUGUGGGGUUCUCAGGACAAACGAUCUCGAUGUCAUGCUACAGCGUCGCCAAGAGAUGUCACGUAUUCCCCCUAAUGUAUGCGGUGGUGGUGGUUGGGGACCAGGGGGAGGGGGAGGAGGGGGAUAUAUAGGAGGUGGGAGAGGACCUGGUGUAUCAACUGUUUCUACCAGCGUACGUAACUAUGAGGCUGUGACACCAAUGUCAUGUGACUGUGCCAAGAAACUAAUCCUUGACUGCCUUCUGCCUAUGGUACCCGGAUUUGGACCUAUAUAUUCUAUUGGACGUAGGGUAUACACAUUAGGAAAGGCAAUCGGUAAAAAACGUAAACGUCGUUAUCUGAAUGGUGACACCAUACAUGUCGAUGACCAUAGCUAUCCAUUGGCAAGGCCAAAAAGAAAGAAACGAUACAUUCCCAAACCAGUCGAUGCAGCUGCAUCAUUUAGUUCAAAGUAUCGCUGCCUCAAAGCUAUAGGCGAGGCUAUUGGUGAAAGUCUGGCAGGAGAAAGCCUUGGAAACAGUGCACUUAAAAUCGGGGGUGGUUGCUUACCUGGUACCGCUGGACAGGCAGUAGGCUGUUUACAUAUCAUCAUAGCUGAAUGCCCAAAACUAAACGCUGCUGCAGCGGCAGGAACUGGGAAUAGGAAAAGGCGUUCGACAAUACAAGAUGUGUACGUCAACAUGGCGACAGUGAAUUCCAUAGUUUAUGACAUGUAUCAGCUAUCCUACCAUAUGUAUGGUAAUAAAGAAAUGUUUAACCUUGGUCUUGGGUUAUGGUAUCAAGAGUUUGAAGAGAGUAUAUCUGACAACAGCGAUCUGGGGACAUCUUUAUCAUUAAACGAAUCAGCUAACGUGUUACAAUAUAUAAAUGAAACCGAUCAUGCUUUGGUUUCCGAGUUCCUUCAGCGAUGGAACAACAGUGUUAAUUCCUGGAGGAAUGGUGUGACAGAACCUUCGCAAAGUCUUGAUAUAAUUUCAAAGUCACAGCUUGAAGAGACCAUGAAGAAAUUCACAGAAGAACAUCAUAAAUCUGUAGAGAGAGGAUUCGACAACGUGUUCGCCGAGUUCGACAAUGCCUACGUAGCAGUAAGGGAUAAGUUCGAAAACCAAAAGAAAGAAGAGGGUGUAUGUGCCAGAGUGAGAAUACGAAUAGUACAAGAAGCAGUUCUUACACGAGAUGCAUUCAAUGGAAAGCUUGAGAUUGAAAAUGGCGAGAAUUCUGCUUUAACAAAUAUUAAAGUGGAGCUUCACAUCUUCAAAUCGGAAGAUGUAACUCAAGAACAUAUGAUAGAGCAUUUUGCAAUAGGAGAUCCAGAUCUGAACGGAAUAAGCGCGGUGGAUGGUUCGGGGAGUCUAGCUAAAGGGAAAAGUGGGUCUGCCGAAUGGUUGAUCAUCCCUUAUUCAACAGCUGCGCCAACUGAGGACGUCCUAUACGACAUCGGAGGUGUGCUCACCUACUUUGUUGAUGGAGCUAAUUUUACUGCCCCGCUGCUUGCUGAUAGCGUAACUGUGAAACCUGACCCACGGCUGCACAUUCAUUACUUUCAUGAGAAGUAUGUUGAAGCUGAUGAUCCAUUCACAAAAGAUGUUGUUGAGCCAUCUAUUCCAUUUAGCUUGGCUGUAAUGAUAACAAAUACGGGCAAUGGUAUAGCGAAAGAGUUUAAGAUAACAUCAGCUCAACCUGAAAUAAUCGAAAAUGAAAAAGGAUUAUUGGUGUCAUUCAAGAUUAUUGCUGCACAAUUGGGUAAUGCAGAUAUAUUACCAUCUUUGACGAUAGAUUUUGGUGAUAUAGGCCCCCAUCAGACAAAAACUGCCCGAUGGCUUCUGGAAUGUUCGCUUAAAGGGAAAUUCUUCAACUUCAGUGCAACGUUUGAGAACAUAAAUCCUCUGGGUGACCCUGAACUUUCCGUGUUAGAUGUUCUUGAGUACCAUGACUUGAUUCACUUGGUUCGAAUGCGAAGUAAUAUAACCCAGUCUGAUGAUGGGUUCCGGGAUUUCCUUGUUAAUGAUGAGAUUGAUGGACUGGAUAUGCCCGAUGUUGUGUAUAAUAGCAAGGACCAAUCCAAGGAGCCAGUGUUCGUAAGUCUAAAUGUGACAUAUGAAAGAGCGAACAAACAUUGGUCAGGUAAAGAGUAUAAAUACAUAUAUGUCAAUGUUCCUCUCAACUGGAACUGUACCGAUUGGCUGUAUGCACGUUUUGAGCAUGACAUUGAACUAGAUGUUGACAACCACUUACUUCAGGUCACAAGACAUGAUAGAAAUGAACUUAUACGACCAGAAAAUGCCUGGAUGACAUGGCAUAUAGAGGAUUCACUAUUUGGUCAUUUAUUCGACCAUUGCCCAUGGGCCUUGGACCAAGCGUUUCACAACUACACAUUUAUUGUUGGUCCCAUCAAUAACCAUGAUCCAAAAGUGAAUGAGUCAAUCACAUCAAUUGAGGUUAAACUCCCAAUAUAUGAGAAACAGUAUAUUUCCACCAUUGAUGCAACUGAUACUGACAAUGAUGGUAUCAGGUUUAUCUUAAUUGAAAAUUCUGACUAUUUCCAAAUUGAUAGCAGCAGUGGUGUUAUCACAGCAGUUCAAAAUAUUGAAUCAUUGAUUGGCAAAGAAACUAUCCACGUUGGUGUUGAAGAUGAUGGAAUUCCAUCAAGGAAAAGUAUUAGUGUAAUUGAUGUAAUAUUUGAAACUGCUGAUAUAACAACAAAAGCAAUGACAUCUCAUCACACGGCUGAAACUAAAAAUGCAACAGUCCAUCUAGAACUUACUACAGCGACACCUGCUUCUAGUACAACCACAAGGGCAACAACAUUCAAUUACACAGUUGAAACCACAGUUGGGAUAACCCAUACGGAACGUACUACUUUCACAUAUGCGACUAAGAGCACCACAAAUGCAGCAACAACCAGUCACACAGACAACACCACAGAUGGAAUAAUCCAUACAGAAAGUACUCCAAUGAUAUCUACUAUUAAUAGAACUGCAAAUGCAACCACACCCGACCAUACAAUCGAAACCACAGACGGGAUAACCCAUACAGAACAAACUACAACUGACAUCUACAGCAAUGUUACACACUCAGCAACUACGGUUCUUGGGUCCACUUUUGAAGAAAAUUAUUCAAAAACACCUGACACAACGAUAUCCAUGAAGCCUACAGUGACUUCUGGAUCAUCAACUCCUUCCAAAAAUUCUGGGUUGCUUUCUUUGUUGUUGACGUUGAAUAUGCUGUGGAAGGCCGUGUUCAGUAAUGUCAAUGCUCCUGAAACAAGCAGUUUGACAGAUUUAAUAUUGCGACUAUUAUACGAUGCAUUCCAAGGGGUGCCAAAUAUUUUAAAAGUCAUCAUAGACAAUUUAAGGCCUGGCAGUGUAAUUGUUAAACUAGGAAUCUUAAUGACUGAGAAGGCUGACAAUAAAACGGCAAAUCAAACCUGUGAUGUUUUGAAAAAAUACUUGGAGACUGUAAACUACACGAUCGUAGGAGAGAAAGAAAAUAUUACUAUCAAAAAUGAUAGUCUAGUUGUUAGCGUAGAUCCUUGCCAGGACAUAGACUGUGGUGGAAAUGGAAAAUGCAUAUAUGAUGACCAGAAAACUACUUGCAAGUGCAAUCCAGGCUACCGAGGUCCUCGUUGUGGCAACUCUACGGUUGGGGAAUCGACCAACACCACCAUCAUUAUAAUAGUGUGUGUGGCGGUCAGUGCUGUAUGUAUUAUAGGGAUCAUUUCUGCAUGCUAUUGUGCCAUGCAAAGGAGGAAAAGAGUCCAGUCAACUUCUUAUAAUAAUGAUGAUGACGACAGGGAUAUGUCUGUAUUCGGAUACAACUCAACAAUGCUUGCUAAGCAAAUUCGAUCCAAAUCGUCACCAAACCCUACUGGGCCAAAGUCCAGUUCGACGGGCGGCCUGUGAAAAGAAUCCCUGAAAUCAGGCAUUCAACAAAAACGAUUGCACAAGACAAUGGUGAAAUAAGGAUAGCGGACAAUUAUGCAAAUUGAGUGUAAUACUUUAUUUCACGACAACAAUGGAAACCUAUAUGGAGUGCUUGGUCUAACAAUUUUCCACACAUCGGAACACUACAAUUUCAUAAUAAUAAAAACAUAUUUUAGAUACACGAAGGUGCUUAGAUUAUAAAGUACAUGUAUAUAUUUUUUUAUAUUUAAACGGAAUGCUUAUUUUUGCUAUUUGCACAACUUUAAAAUGUUGUGCUUCGUUAUAUGCAAUUUCAAAUUUCAAAUUACUGGACAGUGGCAUUUUGAUUUACACGAGUAGGCUAAAUAAAUAUCUG